AAUUACAAGAUCUAGGAAUAAGCUACUUCAUCAGACGGGCAGCUAGAAAAUCCUAUUUGCAAAAUAGCUCCCACCAGCUUCUUUUAUGUCCGAAGUGAGACUCAAUUUUGGCUAGAAAAUGCACGCCUGUCAGCGGUAAGGAAGAGGAAUGGUGGCUCUCCCCGCUAUCAGAAACACCGUUGCCUGGAUGAAUGGACCGCGGGAGCGCAGUGUCUUCCACGCACAGAACUGACCCGGGUACAGUCGCUGUCUGUCUCCCAGUCCUAAAGAACAAUCUCUUCGAGACACCCGGGGAGAAUAUCCCAAGCAGAUGGUUUGAAGCAAGCAGCCGGGGCUGCACAGUGGCCGACUACCCCUCCCGGCACGAAGGUCAGUAAGGUAGCGAGGUUAAAGGCACAAAGCAGCGGAGGGGCGAACUCCGGCACCCUCGUGAGGUCUGCGGGCGUUGGGCAUAUCUAGGCGGUCCCCGGAGCCAGCCGAGGAGAGGCUUGGGACGCAGGCAGGGCAGAAGGUGAGCAUAGCCCUCUCUCCCCGCUGCUUUUACCUGCCACAGCUGGAGCAUGGCUACUGGCUCCUGCUGAGUCCGCGCCCCGGCUCCGGACGGGACAGCAGCCUCCAACUCCCCAGCCUGCACCUGCAGUUGAGCCGGCCCUCUCUGGACAGCGUACUCUCCAGGUAUCCCAGCGUCAAGGUCCCAUGGCUGGGACUUCUCCGCGCCCGGCUGGGACGCCCCGGCAGCUUCUCCCGGCUCUCGCUUACGUGCUCCUGAGCUGCCCGGUGCUACAGGGACAAGCACCCUCGCCUGGGACGGAACCCCACCCUGCGCUCUAUCUGCCCACCUGGGAUGCACUGGCCUGCAAUAACCCCGACAGCCCCAGCGUCCUGAUCGCUAACCCCGGACUCCGGGUUCCCGCGGGCCGCUCGCUUUGGCUCGAUCCGCUCCGGGACCUGGUGAUUCGAGUGCAGCCCGGGCACCAGUGCGAGGUGACGGUGCUGGACACCCUGCCGCUGAGCCACGGUGCGCUCUCCCCUGGCCGCUUCCCCUGCACCUUCGGGCCCCGCCAGGUCCAGUACACUCACUUCGGCUCCCGAAGCCCGGGACGCGCUCGGGUGCGGCUGCAGCUGCGCUAUGAGGCCCCGACUUACACGCUGGUACGGCCCUUCACGCUGGAUGUGGACCUGGUCUUCUCCCAGCCAGAGCUGGUGACCCGCAACAGGCCUUUGUCGGUGGAGAGGCUGCGGGGCUGGAGCCAAGCCAUCGACCGGAGAGUGCUGGAAUUCGCCUCCCUGGGGAACGGAGCCUCUACCACCAGCAGGUGCUGGCUCACCCUUCUUCCUCCCCAGGGCGGUCCGCUGCCCAAAUAUGGACGUUUGGUGGACGCCAUGGGGACUCCUCUCCCCAGAGGCAAGAGGGUAGACUGUGAGGCUUUUGUCAGAGCUGGGGUGCGGUAUCAGCAUACUGCCACUAUCCUGUCGCCCAAUCGGGACUAUGUGCCCCUAAUGGCGGAGCUGCUAGGGCCAGAGGACGGAGGCGCUGGGUCAGAGGAGGUGCUGUCCCGCGAGCACUUCCAGCUGCUGGUGAGCAUCCAUGAGGGAGUAGAGAACACUGCACCUAGGCCCAGCUUUGCGGCCCUGAUGAUGAUGGAGGUCAGUCAGUUCUUACUAACAGCCCUAACCCCUGACGCAUUGGCUGCAGAUGACGAGGAGUCUGACCCUGAUGACCUGGUCUUCAACAUUCGCCUUGACCGCACAACCACGCCAGGGCAGGGGUACCUAGUCAGCACUGAUGACCCCCUGGGUCUUCCAGUCUCUUUCUUCACCCAGCGUGAGCUACGAAACCUGAAAAUUGCCUACCAGCCCCCAACAGAGAAACUGGAUUCAGAGCACCUCUUCCAGCUGGAGCUGGAGGUGGUGGACGGAGAUGGCGCCACCUCAGACCCCUUUGCCUUCACGGUGAUAAUGAAACCCAUGAACACCCUGGCCCCAGUGGCUAGAUGUAACCAGGGACUGCUUCUAUUUGAAGGUCAGUUAAAGCCUCUGUCCAGCACCCACAGCCUUCAGAUUGGGGAUCAUGAUAACCUAAAAGAGGUGAUAGUAACUGCAGUAAGGGGCUUGAGGCACGGGCAGCUGGUGGUGCUUGGGGCACCAGCUGGGUGUAAGCAUUUCACACCAGAAGACCUGGCAGCAGGGCGAGUGGUGUACCAGCAUGAUGGCAGCAACACCUACAGUGAUAAUAUCAUUUUUCGGAUGGAGGAUGGGUGCCACCAGGUGGAAUUCCUCUUCCCUGUCACCAUCAUACCUGUUGAUGAUGAACCACCAAAGGUCAAGGCCAACAACGGGCUCUCAAUUACAGAAGGACAGGUGGUCCAGAUUUCCCCCUUUGUCCUGAGUGCUACUGAUCCUGACUCUGAUGACUCAACCAUCCACUUCGUGCUGGAAGACCAGCCUCUAGAAGAAAAAAAGGAAGAAAGAGGGUGGGAUCUGGCCCCUGGUUCCUCUUACUCAACUCAGCACCUGGGGGAGAUGUUCCUGCGGCAGGCUAAACCACCUCUGUCCCCUGAAGAUGAAGAUUGGUAUUAUGUGGAAAAAGAAGGACUUUAUGAGAAGGUGGUGACUGAGUGGCUUCAGCAAGACAUCAUGGAAGGGAAACUCUUCUACCGCCAUCUUGGACCCCAUAGCCCUCAACCUGUAAUGGCUCAGCUGACUUUCCAUGUACAAGAUGACCAUGACCCACCCAACCUAUCCAACCAGCACUUCUUCACCAUCAAGGUCCAACCAGUGGAUCUGCAGAGUCCAGAACUAUUUCCAGGAACUACCCUAGAAAUGACUGUGCACCAGUACCAACUCACUUACUUCCAGAAGAAAUUUCUCCAAUAUAUUGACCAGGACUCAGAUGACCAGAAUCUGUGGUACACCUUACUGACACCCCCAACUGACACAGAUGACAACCACCAAGUCCAGGCUGGAGAAAUUGUGCUCACUGAUUCACCAGAUAUGCCCAUCAUGAACUUCACCCAGGCCCAGGUAAAUCUCCUUAAAGUUGCCUACCAGCCACCACAGAAGAAGCUGGGUGUUGUACCACGGGUUUUACAGUUCACCUACCAAGUGGAGGAUGCUGCAGGCAACAGUGUACCUGGAGCAUUCACAUUGUUCCUGAAACCUGUAGACAACCAGCCUCCAGAAGUCACCAACAGAGGUUUUACUGUCUUAGAGGGAGGAAAUUUUAUCCUCAGCAGUAAUGAACUGGAUGUCAUAGACCCUGACACUGAUGUUGACCAGAUUGUCUUCAUAUUAGUCUGGGGUCCCCAACAUGGACACCUGCACUACUUAAAUAGACAUAUGGUUCCAGGGGAACUUUUCAUGCAAGCUGAUAUUAUUAAUGGGAAGGUCUCUUACCAGCACAGCAGAGACCAGUCUACCAACGACAACUUCCAUCUGGAGGUAAGUGACAGGGUGCACCACAUACCCAUCACCGUCCAGAUUUCUGUGCAUCCUGCUGCAGCUUAUAAAAAUCCCAGGAUCUCUAUUACAGGUGGUCCAUUAUUAAAUGUUUCCAUAGAUGUACUAGAGAGAAGAGCCACUAGGAUCACCAUAGGCAUGAUACGUGGCAUAAAGAAGGGUGCAGGUGACUUGAUGCUAUCUUUCAUUAUGGAGGAUAGUCCCAAAUUGGGUACUCUUCUAGUGAAUGGUUUACCUACAGGACGAUUCACCCAAGAGGACCUCAUCAGUGGGGCAGUAGUCUAUGUCCACACUGGGGGUGAAGUUGGCUUCCAGAAACAACAUGAUACCUUUAGCCUCACCCUUUCCAAGGAUUCUUAUCAAUGGGUGGUGGGAGACAGCAUAGUGGAGAGAGUGCGGGUGCAAGUGGUUGUGCUGCCUGUGGAUAAUGUGGCACCCACAGUCUUGGUGGGGGAGUCUUAUAUUGUUGAUGAAGGCGGUAAGAAUCCCUUGACCUUACGACAUCUCAAUAUUGAAGAUGUGGACACACCCCAAGAUGAAAUCCUAUGCACAGUGACUGGUCAGCCAGCCUCUGGCUACCUGGAAAACAUUGCACCAGCUCCUGGCUCAAAAGAAUCACGGGCUGGUAGCCCCAUCAGUGCUUUCUCUAUCAAAGAUGUCCAAGAGAGGCAUAUCAGUUAUGUACAGAGUAUUCACAAAGGGGUAGAGCCACAAAAAGAUCAAUUCACCUUUCAUUGUUCCGAUGGCAUCAACUUUUCCCCAAAUGUCUUCUUCCCUAUAAUCAUCUUACCCACCAAUGACGAGCAGCCUGAACUCUUUGUCGGUGAGUUUGUGGUAUUAGAGGGGAUGAGCCUGGUCAUAGACACCCCACUGCUCAAUGGAGCAGAUGCUGACUUGCCACCAAAUGAGCUUCACUUUCAGCUCACAGCCCUCCCUCAGCAUGGCCGAAUUGUCCAGCAGCUGGCCACAGGCAGCCAGCCCAUCCACAGCUUCACCUUACAGGAAAUCCAGGAGGCCUCUACUAUUGUGUACGAGCAUGAUGACUCUGAGACCACAGAGGAUAGUUUUGAGGUCUGGCUGAGUGAUGGCAAGCAUACCACCCACAGGAAGAUUCCCAUUAUGGUGAUCCUGGUGGAUGAUGAAACCCCUCGACUGACCACCAAUGCUGGACUGGAAGUAGAGACUGGACACACUGAGGUCAUCACAAAUUGGGUCCUUAAGGCCACAGAUUUGGACUCCAGUAAAAAGAGCCUCAGUUUUGUCCUCCGUUCAGGGCCUCAACAAGGGCUUCUACAGCGGCUGAGAAAACCCAGAGGGGAGGUGAGAGAUAACCUCACCCUAGGAAUGAACUUUACCCAGGAUGAGAUUGACAGAAGCCUCAUCUGUUACACCCACACAGGCCUAGAUGGAGUUCUUGACAUUAUCAAGUUCGAUGUGACUGAUGGGAUUAACCCUUUGAUAGGCUGCUACUUCCACAUCACCAUUGGGAGCUUAGACAGGGUCUUCCCUGAGGUGGUUAGCAAAGGGCUGACCCUGACAGAAGGUGGCAGAGUGACCCUUACCACCAAUCUGCUUAGCCCCAGUGACCUCAACAGCUCCAAUGAACAGCUUCACUUCAGAAUCACACAGGCUCCUAGCCUCGGGCACCUGGAGAGCUCCGACCACCCUGGGAAGCCCAUUGCCUCUUUCACUCAGCUUCAGUUGGCUAGCAACAAAAUAUUCUAUGCCCACACUUCAAAUGAUGAGAUAAAGACCGACAGUUUUGAGGUUCAAGUGACUGAUGGACUCAGCCACGUGUUCCGAACCUUCAGGAUCUUUAUCACAGAUGUGGAUGAUAAGAAACCUAUCCUAACCAUCCAUAAACUAAUACUGCACAAAGGGGAAGGCAAACACCUAACUCCCUUUGAGUUGACAGUGGAAGACAAGGAUACUCCCGAUGAUCUUCUCCUCUUCACUGUCACCCAGCUCCCCAUCCAUGGUAGGAUUUUGUAUAAUGGCAGUCAUCCUGUGACCACCUUCACCAAGCGGGACCUGAAUGAGAACCUGAUUAGCUACUGGCACGAUGGGAGCAAGACAACUGAAGACAGUUUCUCCUUCACUGUGACAGAUGGCACUCAUGCUGAUUUCUAUGUCUUCCCAGACACUGUCCUAGAGACACACAGACCUCAGGUAAUGAGGAUCCACAUAAACCCUCUAGACAACAGACUCUCCCAGAUUGCCAUUGACAGAGGCGUGUCACCCUUGACGCACCUUCACACUGGACACGUGAGCUUCCUGAUUACCAACAGAUCUUUGAGAGCAGAGGAUCAAGACAGCUUCCAUGGGUUUCUGAAGUAUAGAGUGACCAGAGGACCAGAACAUGGCUUCAUUAUCAACACUGGCCUUGGAAACCAGAGCACGCGAGUGUUUGUGCAAGCUGACGUUGAUGAAAGGAAGAUCUGCUAUGUCUUGAAUGAAGGCAGCAGAGCAACAAAGGAUAUCUUCUACUUCUCUGUUGAAGACAAUGAAGGAAAUAAACUAACACAUCAACCUUUCCGUCUGAACUGGGCUUGGAUUUCUUUGGAGAAAGAGUACUACAUUGUGGAUGAAGACUCCGUGUUUUUUGAAGUGACCCUCACACGCAGAGGGUAUCUUGAAGAAACAUCCUUUAUCAGCAUUGAAACCAAAGAUGAAACUGCAAAAAAAGAUAAAGAUUUUAAAGGAAAGUCUCAGAAACAGGUCCACUUCAAACCUGGACAGACUACUGCCACAUGGAGGGUGAGAAUUAUAUCUGACAAUGAAUACGAGGCUUCAGAGACCUUUCAGAUCAUUCUGUUGAACCCUGUCAUGGCUGCACUGGAGUCUCCAGAAAUGGCAACUGUUGAAAUUGUCGACCCUGGGGAUGAAUCAACGGUUUAUAUUCCAGAGGCAGAAUACAAAAUAGAGGAGCAUGUUGGAGAGCUUUUGAUUCCAGUAAGACGGUCUGGGGAUGCUAGCCAAGAACUAACGGUCAUUUGCUCUACACAUGAAGGUUCUGCCACAGGCUCCAUUCCUUCCACAGUGUUAUCUUUCUCCGACUACAUCUCUCGUCCAGAAGGCCACACCAGCAUCGUCCACUUUGACAAGGAUGAGAUUGAGAAGAGCUGCCGGGUCUUGAUCAUCGAUGACUCCCUCUAUGAACAGGAAGAAUUCUUUAGCAUUUCACUGAGCCUGCCAAUGGGAGGGCGACUGGGAGCCCAGUUCCCCACCACCAAGGUGGUUAUCCUAGCUGAUGGUGGUGAUGAGCCUACCCUGCGCUUUGGGAACGCUGAGUACCAUGUGGAGGAAAGUGCUGGCUCCGUGGAGAUCCGUGUCUGGAGGACAGGCCCGGACCUUUCCCAAGCGUCAUCUGUCACUGUGCGCUCCAGGAAGACAGAGCCAGCAGCAGCAGAAGCUGGAAUAGAUUAUGUUGGCAUCAGCCGAAAUCUGGCCUUUGCUCCGGGAGCGCGUAUGCAGAUAUUCCAAGUGAGGAUCCUUGAUGACCUGGGACAGCCCAUCUUGGAAGGUCCAGAAAGGUUUGAAUUAGUUCUCCAGAUGCCAGAGGGUGCCGCGCUUGGAGAACCACAUAAAACCACCAUUUUCAUCAAUGACAACAUCUGACUGUAAGCAGAGUGCUUGGCGUUCCCUUGAAUAAAAGACUUUAAGGACUUAAACACCCAAAAGCAUCUCCUAACAACAGAAUGAAACUGUACAUAUUUAGGUCUUACCAACUCUGGGAUAGCAAUGAUAUUGUACUUCCGUUGGUGUUAUAUAUAUUCUGGUGGUAUGUGAGAAUGUAGUUUAUGUGAUUGUAUGGAUACAUAUAGAGAGAGAGAGAGACGUAUACAGAGAAAGGAUUGAGCCCAGAAAAGAUAAGGCUGCUCUUGCUUUCCUUGUCCUAUUUUCUUUUACUUUGUUUCUAAAGCUAGUGAAAGCCAUUGUCACCAAUUAAAUCAAAAGUAAGAAUAAAAGGGUCGACCUCUCUUUGCCAGUUGGUGCUGGACAGAAAGCACCUUUCAACGAUAUACAUACUGUCCCAUUCUUUUAGUGUUUCAGGUUAUUGUGAUAAGAGUUCCCUAACUGAAAUUUGCAGAGAAGCCCAAAGCCCAAUUACUCGAUUGAAUUACUACAAUUCUUACUCAGAGCCACUUAGGUGGUAGGGAGUCCUUUCAUCAGCUGUCCCUUCCUUUGCAAAUUCCUUUAUAAAAGAGAAUAAAAAGGGGCACCUGGGGGGCUCAGGCGGUUAAGCAUCUGCAUUUGGCUCAGGUCAUGAUCCCGGGGUCCUGGGAUCGAGCCCCGUAUUGGGCUCUCUGCUCAGCGGGGAGUUUAUUUCUCCUUCUCCCACACCCACUGCUUGUGUUCCCUCUCUUGCUGUCUCUCUGUCAAAUAAAUAAAUAAAAUCUUUAUAAAUAAAUAAAGAAGAUAAAAAUAAAAUGAUUUUUUAAAAUGUAAAUAUCAUGAAGAAGAAUGAAAAGUUGAAGAUUUGUGUAAGCCCCAAACUGCCCAAUUUGUUCUUAACCAAGUUUAAGUUGGCAGUAUAAAUACCAUCAGCAUGCCUCAGCUAAUACCACUAAAUCAGAGUGUCCAAAUUAUUUUGAAAACCAUAUCUUCAAUCUAGUCAUUAUCAUUAUGCAAAUCCUUUUUAAAUUUGUGUUUCAGACAUGACUAAACCUAUUCACAAGCCAACAGGGCACAUGAUAAAAAACACUUAAAAAAAUUUUUUUUUCAAGAAACCUUCCCCACGGAUGCUGAAGAGAGGACAAGGAGGCCCUUAGCUUCCAUGUGAUCUGCCUAUAUAGGUAAAGAAGUCCUUAUCUAUCAUCAGGCUGGGGUUUGCUUCCUUGCUGGACAAUAUCGGCUUCCCCAACCAGAGAGAUUUUUCCAAGCUACCUUGCAACUCUUGAUCUCACUUGCCCUUCUAUAAAAUGAGAAAUCUGGCCUCUAUUUCCAGUUCUAAUUCCUGUCUGAGUACUUAUCUGCCAACAGGAAAUCACCCUCCCUCAUCUUGUAAUUCGCCCAGCUAUCAGGAUCAAAAUUCUUUUAAACUCGGGAUGCCUGGCUGGCUCACAGUGGAGCAUGUGACUCUUGAUCCGAGGGGUUGUGAGUUCAAGCCCCAUGUUGGUUACAGAGAUUACUUAAAAAUAAAAAUCUUAAAAAAGAUCUUUAGACUCGAUUCAAUUCAACAGAUAUUUGUUGGGCUUCUCCAACAUGUCAGAAAGAUAUGAAACCUUCACAAAUGUUCAAAAAAAAAAAAUAAUGAAAAAACAACAUACAGGCUGGGAUAACUCUCAGACACAUCCAAACAGUCCCCAAGUAAAGCAACCAUCCUGAAUUUCCCACUGAGUACCUCUAUGCCUAGGAAAAAUCCAUAUUGUCAGCUUUGUAGAGAAAGCCACAGUGGAUAAGUUUUGAAACUGAAAUUAAUCUCAGUCUUUCGGAGUUUUUCCAGACAACCCCUCUCUCUCACUCUCUUGUUCUGCCUUUUGUUAAGGAACUUCAUUCAGAAGAAUGCAGUAUUUAUGCAUACAUCUUUUUUCCUGGGUGACAUUACCAAUUGUGUUUUCUGUGCAGUCCGCUCCAUUCCUAGUUUCCUCCCAGGAGAACACGCCAGGGAAGGAAAAUUGUGUUUUUUAGGCUUCUAGGAUAAAACCCAGUAUAUUCUAAAUGUGACUUUAAUUGUACUAAAUGAAUGUACAUUCUGAGUGAAAGUGAUCUAGUGGUCUAAAGGAGUGAAAAACACCCAAUUUCCUACCAAGAAUGGACAUAAACACUAUGGAAAAUUGGGCUCGUAUUCAUUCCUCACAUAUUCUUCCCUGUGCUACAUUUUUAUGGAAUAAAAAGUAUAUACAUUGUUUUUCUCAUUAAUACUUCAGUUUUCAGGGACCCUGGGUGGCACAGUCACUUGAGCAAUUGACUCGCUUCUACUCUGGUCAUGAUCUCAUUGUCAUGGGAUCAAGCCCCACCUCAGGCUCCAUGCUCAGUUCAGAGUCUGCUUAAGAGUCCCUCUGCAUCUG